CACCUCCACACACAUGAUUCCUAUAAAACUAACCUCAAGUCCUCUUAAUUUACGCACAGCCAAAAUGGAUUCAAAAGAAAACCAGCAUCCAGUAAUGUAUCAAAACGUCAUCGUAAUGAGGCAUAGUGAACGCCUCGAUAACGUCGAACCCACGUGGGUAUCCACAGCCACACGACCGUGGGAUCCGCCACUCACUCAGUCGGGUCGGGUUCUAGCAUUCAAAACGGGUCAAGGUAUCCGAAAGAACUUCGGAUUCCCGAUUCAUCGACUCUUUGUUUCCCCUUUUCUACGUUGCGUCCAAACUGCCGCAGAAAUUGUUACCGCUCUCUCUGAUGUUAACGAGGCUGGUGGAAGUGUCAGCCAUGACGACAUUUCUGCUGAUCCUUCAAAAGUCAAGGUAUCUAUUGAGAAUGGAUUAUGUGAAAUGCUAAACACAAUAGCUAUUCGUGUCAAUGUUGCUCCAAAAGAUGGAAAUUUUAGUUUUGACAUAUCAGAGCUUGAAACUAUGUUCCCAAAUGGAACUGUUGAUAAUGAUAAUAAUGAAGAAAUGGUACAAAAAGAGCUACCUAAAUGGGAAGAAUCAGUUUCCCAAGCAAAUGUUAGAUAUCAACAAGCAAUUACAAGUCUUGCAGAUAAAUAUCCUACGGAAAAUUUGUUGCUUGUUACACAUGGGGAAGGAACACAAGUGGCUCUUUCUUCGUACACAAAAGAUGUUGUGGAACAUAAAGUGAAAUAUUGUGGUUUUGUUCAACUUACACGUCCUAUCUUCAAAAACGAUCAUUCCUUUAUUGGUGGAAAGUUCAAUUUACAAACUCAUAUUGGUCAAAAUGGGGUGAACUAUAUUUCCUCACAAGAACUUUGAGUAAAGAUAUCAACCAAACUUCAAAACUCUUCGUAAUAUUGUGGUGUAAUACAAACACAAGUUACAUUUUCUCUUAAAAAGAUGUAUGAUUGGUAAAUAAUUUAAUUGAUAGAAAGUAUAAAAGCGUUUCCCAUGUUUGUUAUGAGAUUCAAACUUUUAA